UGGUAGUAGUUAGGGGGAAGCGAAGUGGGUUUUGAACCCGUUGUUGGAGAAGAACUGGCGGGGAACCAAAGACAAGAUGGAGCCUCCCAAGCUCGUCAGCUAAACAAUACGGUGGAGGAAGAGGAAGCCCUGAGGAAAAUGGGGUACUAUAUGGCCCCACGGCCGACGGACAUUCAAUCUCCAAUCCUACAUCCUCCAGUGGCGGCAAACAAUUUCGAGAUCAAGCCGGCUCUAGUUACUAUGAUACAAAGCAAUGCUUUUUUCCACGACCUUGAGAGUGAGUCACCAAGAGAGCACGUGCACAGAUUCUUGGAGCUCGCGGGGAGCUUGCAACUCAAUGGUUUGCCAGUCGAAGCUUUGCAACUAAAGCUUUUCCCCUAUUCACUUUUGGGGAAAGCACUUAGAUGGCUAAACAAUCACCCAACACGGUCAAUCACCACAUGGGACGACCUCCUGAAGAAGUUUAUGACUCGCUACUGCCCACCUUCGAAGACGGCAGUGUGGAGAAAGAAGAUUACCCAUUUCGAGCAAGAAAAGGACGAGACCUUGAGGGACGCUUGGGAGAGGUACUCCGAUUACUUUCUUCAGUGCCCUCACCAUGGGUUUGAAGAACAGUUUCGGAUUGAAACCUUCUACGGAGGCCUAAUGCAAGAAGACAAAAUUCUCAUUGACUCUUUGUGUCAAGGGAAAUUGAUGAAUAUUGCUCCGCCCCAAAUAAACGAGAUACUUGAAGACAUAGCCCUCAAGGGAUACGAUUGGGAGUUGACUAGAAGUGAAAGGAGAAGCAAUGAUAGGGGAGUGAGAAGCAUGGGAGCCAGCGCUCCGCUUGAGGUGAAGUUGGAUAAGUUGAUAAAGGUAAUGCUUGAAGAUAAGAGGCAAGGAAAAAGGUCGGUGAUGUCGUGCGACUGGUGUUCGAGCACUAGCCAUGAGAUGGCAGAGUGUCAGGCAAUGAAGGAGGAAACCGCUCCGGAGGAACAAGUCAACUUUGUGGCAAAUGCUAGGGCUAACUACCCGUAUAGCAAUACUUAUAAUCCCGAAUAGAGCAACCACCCAAAUUUUUCUUGGUCGUCACCGACUAAUCCGAGGCCCCCCAGGUUUUCAAGGCCCUACGGGAAAUUACCAACCCCGGUCAACCUUCAUCAAACAAAGGCCUCAAGUCUAA